UGAUAUGCAGCUUCCGAGGAGCUGUACCGCAAGGCUUGGUCCUGGAACUAGGUGAAACUGUCCAGAUCCUAGAGAAAUGUGAAGGCUGGUACAGAGGUGUUUCCAUUAAGAAGCCUAAUGUAAAGGGGAUUUUUCCUGCAAACUAUAUUCACUUGAAAAAGGCAAUCGUCAGUAACAGAGGGCAAUAUGAAACAGUUGUCCCACUUGAAGAUUCUGUUGUGACUGAAGUCACAGCAACACUGCAGGAAUGGGCUGUGCUCUGGAAACAGCUGUAUGUGAAACAUAAGGUAGAUCUUUUCUACAAACUGCGCCAUGUGAUGAAUGAACUCAUUGACCUACGUAGACAGCUGCUGUCAGGUCACUUGACACAGGAUCAGGUGCGAGAGGUCAAGAGACACCUCACAGUGAGGCUGGACUGGGGCAAUGA